AUGGGCCUUUCUUAUAACGAUGUUUGUACCAUCGGUACCGGUCUGAUCCUGAUCGGUACCUCAUUUAUCAUGGGUGUUUUUUACGCCAACCAAACUUACGAUUUUCCUUUGUUAUUCGAUCGUGAUGCUACCCAGGAACACUUUGAUAAUGCACUAAGACACUAUCAGACGUUAUUUCACACUGCUCCAACGGUUAAAUACAUCUUAGCAGGUGUCUCACUUCUAGGUUUGAUCGGUGGAUUGAUUAGAGUUUAUAAACCAAACCCUGAUCUGCAAUUGUUUGAAUACUGUUCCUUAGCUCUCUACGUCUUUGGUAUCUGCGUGUUUCUCACCAACGUCAAGACGGGGAUCGAUUGCUCUAUCACACGUAACUGGGGUGAAGUUACGGAAAACCAGGGUCUAGCUGUGAUUGCCUCUUCCAACAUUAUCCUAUUGUUACUGUUCGUCGGUGUCAUAGUGCUACAAGCUGGGUUAUGGUACUCUAGAUGGGAGCUUGACCAGAGGUUGAAAGUGUUUUACGCCAAUGAAGCUGCUGAACAGACAGCAAAGGUCGAGCCGGAAACCGAUAAGAAGGAGAAGAAGAAACAGAAAUGA